ACUGCCCUCUCUUCCCACUCCUCCUCCGACACCCUGCACGCUUCCUUCCUGCUCCCAACCGCCGGCACACCAACCUCUCAACUACACAACCGCAUCGCAGAAACCUCAUAUUCAACGGCCAGCAAGAGUGGUUUCCCAUUGUUCUGCUCCCGAUUGUCUCGACCAUGCCUGCUUGCGUCCAGUCGGAUCCUCUUCAGUAACCAUCGCAAAGCCGCCGACGGCUUCGUUUCCACCUUUCGGAGUUUUUCUUUGCACGCUGAAAUCGUCGACGGCGCGGCAAAUUCUCCGCCACAACCGCCAAUACUCGAUACCGGAAAACCUAUUCGGAAGUUAAAUAUAUCUUUACAAAAAAGCAGAAAACAACCAUUGCUACCCGAAAUCAUUGCUGUGCGCUUUUCUGCAGAGUAGAUCUUUGCGUGCUCGCAUUGCGUCAGUAGCCGCAGCUUAGGUCCGCAGCAGCUUUACCUGCCUAGCCGCAACCGCCGCCUGGAUCAGCACCGACAAUUCAGCCCCUUUGCUUUUGAAUUACGAGCUGAAGCGAGCCCAUCCACUGCUGAACAAGAUUUACACUCGUUGCAUCCCAUUUGAAGCCUAGCCAAGGGUUGCGCAGCUGCCUACCCGCUCGCUCCAGCAGACACCCUCCCAACUCCGCACCACUUGCUAAACCGCAUUAAUUCAGCACCGAGCACCAUGUCAACAUUUAAGGCGUUAAACGGCGCUGCAAGCUCGCCAAAGUCGGAGACGCAGGCUGCGCCUACCUCUGACAGCCCUUCCGCUACCGAGACCCCCAAAGUAGCCGCCGCCGAACAACCCGGAAGCGCAAUUACCUCGCCUAGUCAAGCAAAUACUGAGACUACUGGCAAUGCUAGAGAAAGCUGGCCAACUCAAGGCCCGGACCGACCCGUUGCUAAUGCCUCUGCUGGAUCAGAGACAGAAUCCUCAAACAAACGCAAGAGAUCCGAGUCUGCAGAACCGACACCCGCUGACGGCCCUACGCAAGAGAAGUCUCCGGUCACUGCUAAUCCCGCCAAAUCUACGGAACAGGAGAGUUAUGCCACCCCGCAGCGCGAGAAUAGGCAAUACGGCGACCAGCGAGACCAGGACUCGUGGUAUUCACGCAGAGAAGGCCAAGAACCUACCGACGAGCAACAAAAGGCCACUUCUCCUACCAACGACCUGCAUGAUGAACAGGGCUCUGACCCCUCUCGACGCCGCGCUGAAAGUGAAUAUAGCAACACUAGCGCCGAAGCUGAGGACAGACCUGCUGGGUUUGGCAACAACUACUCUGGCGAACAGCGCGGGGACGGUAUUCUUCAACAUGACCCGAAGAAGCGCAAGAGAAAUUUUAGCAACCGAACCAAAACUGGAUGCUUAACUUGUCGUAAGAGAAAGAAGAAGUGUGACGAGCAGAAGCCUGAAUGCAACAACUGCAUCCGAGGGGGAUUUGUCUGCGCGGGCUAUCCACCACAUCGCGGUACAUGGCCCGGGUCCAAGCUCGAUAACAAGGCAGUUGCUAUCCCACUUGAGUCCAAGGACCCCAGUUACAUCCCGCCUGGUGCAUAUGGCAUGCCGCAACCCGGCAUGUACGGCGCGCAGCCUUUGAAGCGGGAACCCUUGCCGCACUAUCGUGGCCAGCCCCUCCGCAUCGACCCACCACAAGGCCGUCCCUUGAUGACCGAUGACGACCGCCAUACUGCGUCGACAUUGGCAAGCGCGUCUGUCGCUAGCCCCGACCAUAAAUUAUCCAACGUUCCAUACACACCGGCCAAUGCUUUCCCCACUCCUGUUAGUGCCAACACUCAGCCGCCAUUGUUUGAUAGAAUGGGCAAGGAAUAUCAGCGAGUGCCUCCACUUCAUGAACUGAGCAGAGGAGAUCACGGCAGAGGGGACCACACCAGGGCCGAGCACGCCAGAGCAGAGCAUGCCAGAGCAGAACACGCCAGAGCAGAGCACGUAAGAGCCGAACACGGAAGAUUAGAGCACGGAAGAAACGAGCACAGCGACCGCCUACCUCAGAUAUCAUUGUUGCAUUCGGGACGCACAAACAGCCCCAACAGACACCCAUCGAUGGGUCCUACAUCUAACCCCCAGGUAGCUGCUCAGCUCGCGCUACAGCAUCCUCAGUAUCCCCAGCGACGAACGCAAAAGGAAGAAAUGCUCUCUGGCAGACAUUUCUACGCCUUUGACAAGGAACUUUGCCUCGAGCGUGAGCGUUGUGCUACUGCAUGCUGGAGAUUCAACAACCUCACCGCUCCUCCUACCAAUGGUGUUUCACCCGACGAGCGUGCUCGUCUCUUCCUUGAGAUCUUGCAACCAAGAGACCCGGUUAGAGUGUCCCCCUCGGAAGCAUCGCCCGUCACAAACGUUGGCCGUGUCGGCCGUCAUGUGGCUGUGGAGACCCCGUUUAACACCGACUACGGCUACAACAUCUCCAUUGGACAUCAUGUCGUUAUUGGCCGCAACUGCACCAUUAACGAUGUUUGUGAGGUUCGCAUUGGUGACAACUGUGUUAUUGGUCCCAAUGUAAGCAUCUACACCGCAAAUCUCCCCAUUGACCCCAAGAAGAGACAAGGUGGCCAAGGCCCCCAGUACGGACGACCCGUUGUUAUUGAGCAAGACUGCUGGAUUGGCGGUGGUGCAACUAUUCUGCCUGGCAGAACUAUUGGCAAGGGAAGCACGGUUGGAGCUGGAUCCAUUGUUACAAAGGAUGUGCCUCCAUUUACGGUUGUAGCAGGAAACCCUGCUCGCGUCUUGCGUGGAAUUGCCUCUUAAGCUAUGUAUGUCAUCUUUUUUGAGCCAUGUUACGAUAAAAAAAGUAAGAUAUUUUUGUUGGUGUUUUAAUGAGCUGAGCAUUGGGAGUUGAUUUAUGGGAAGCGUCCGAUAUAUAGCUUGUCUUUUAUUUUUAUCUUAUAAUCAUAUUAUCUGGAAAUGUCUAUUGUGUCGUGCCUCACUGAGUAUCUGCCGUGUCAAAUAGAGACCUGAGUCUUUCUCCCCUGUUCUGUAUACCAUUAUUGAACCUCUAGACCCUUUGUGCAAGGGGCUUACUCAACUAUCAAAAGCAAAUCAAAACAAAAACAGACCGUGCAAACUGUAUCCACCAUCAGUGCGCAUGAAUGGCAUGGGCCGGCAGCUCGCUACAUGUUUCCACAAGUGAAAUGAACGAGCCCGCCACAUUUGCAGCCCUCAAGACUUAAAGAAGAGCUUGAUAUUAGUGGAUCUUUUGAUAAAACAUAGGCGACCAAGUUUGAUGUGGUCCCAAGCCCAAGGCCGUGGGAGUGGCCGGGCCCAUGGCCUCCUGUGGCCCCCUCCGUGCCCUGCGGACCUGUAUCGCGGCCUAAACAUGGCCUCCUCCCUGGGCCACGUAUGGAUUUCGAGGGUGCCGGCGGUGAAGAUCGUCAAUACUUAUGGUAGCAUGUCGGACCAAUUCGUAUCAGUUGCUUGGUCAAGCCGAAGGUACUGGUCGAUGGAUUUCUAGUUACCAAUGUUAGCUUUGCUUAACCCCCAUGGUCAUAAUACACCAUAUAAGUAAUAUCAACAUACCCAGUUUAAUGCUUCUGUACUUGAGAACAAGUCGUUCAAAUCCGGAACCUGGUCGAAAUUGAUUGGAUAGUCGCCCUCGGGAAACGGAGUGGUGAAGGCUGGGUCUUGAGCCACACUCGCGUCAUCUGAAAUUCGGAGACCUUGGCCUGUCGCCUGAAUGAUCCGCGACAUUUGCGGUGGCGGGAACGGAGUAUCUGCUUCUGACGCAGUGCUCGGACUAUCGACCUUUACUAGAACAGCACGGAGGAGCUUUGCGGCAUGGCGUGCAUCUUCAAACUCGGCGCCGGCCCUUGACCAAAUCUCUUGACUCUUGUGCAACAUGAUGAUGCGCUGUUGACGCUCAGAGGGAUUAAGAUCGUGGGAUUCAGUCACGUCUAGGCAGGCAAUCGUUGACGCGAUGAGGAAGUGCUGUAUGGUGAGUCCGGACACCAUGAAUCGAUCUUGGUGCAUUCUUCCACCGGGACUUGUUGCAAUGUCUAGCUCGACUUGCCAGUUUUGUAGUAUAGAACAUGCCUCGCGGCAAAUGCGCCGGGAUUCAUAGUACUUCGGGUCGUCUUUGUAUAAGCUAAGAUAAGGCCGAUUUAAGACCAUCUGGCAUUUGCGAUACACAAGCUCUAGCAUGAGCCUGUGCAGAAUGGUAUAUGUAGGAUCUGUGAAUGAAGUGCUCAUAAUCGGUCGAUAUCUAAGGCAGCUUGGAAUGGAUUCAAACCACUCGUCAAGGGCCUUGUUGAGGCGGAUCGUCUCAGAGUACGGAGGCAGUUCUACAGCCAAGGCAUGUCUCAUAAUAACACGCAUCAAUGGAGUCAUGUAUGCCUUUGUACAGUAAGCCAAGAUUGGUGUUGGGUCAAUUAAGCCUCUUGGUGGAGGCAUGAUCUCCGUGUCUUCGUCAAAGUCGUCGUCCGUAAGAUUAGUAGGGUGCGGUGCAUCGCAGGCACCCUCCCAGACCAUAGCAGGCAUGCCGUUUUGGAAUGAAAAUAGAAGAUCAGAGGAUUGGAUCAUAAACCAGACACGUCGUCGCAUCUCUGCUUCAAAGGGUGUAAUGCCUGGGAUGAUCUUGAGAGGAUCUCGGUGAUAGCCUUGUCGCUGAGCCAAACGCACCGCUAGGCCAUACAUGGCCCAAAUGACAGCAUCAGAGUCCAGCCGCAGCACAUUUCUCGAAUGAGCGUGCAUCAGUACAGCUUCCACAGAACCCGCCUUGUUCUUGAGAUAUUGACCGGCUACCAGACAUUGCACUGAAGCCGUGGUGUAGACCUGUGGAUGUCUGACGGUCGUUAAUACAGACGUGUUACCGGCAUACUUGAAGCGAGCAAUUUUGGCACCAGCACACAAAAUGGAAAAUAGAAUGCUGAUCCAGAGAAAACCGGCCGAAGCUGGAUCUUUAAGGAAAGCCUCAUACUUUCGCUGAAACUGAUGCGUGUGGAUGAAUGGGAUCGCCUGGAACUUGGCGUUGAAGUAGCUGGAGAUCAACAAGUCGGAAUCUUGUCGAGAGGGGAGAAGGUCCAAAACAUCUUGUAGAGUGAUGCUUGAUGCAUGGCCCAGAAACGGAUCGGCCUCCUCGAAUCGAUCGUCAUCCGCAGGGUGACGAAGGUCCUCAUUGCUGUCAAGCAGAUCUUGUAGGUCUCGAAUGCUGUCGACAAUGUUCGUCCAAGCCGUCGCACCCUUAUAACUAUGUCCUUCUUCCUCUCCGUUGAUCUUGCCAACGUCUCCUGUAGCGAGCCCAUUCGAUAUAUCGCCCGUGUGCGCCGUUUCGUGUGAUUUGGAGCUCGGCGUGCUGUUGACGGCCUCGUUCUCGGCCAUCGUUCGGACCAUUUGCUCUAGCUUAUUCAGCUUGAGCUGGACUUGUCGUCUAUCUCCCGAGGACGAGCCCGAUCCUUCAGCCACUGUGCUAAAUUUGCAUGACGGGCCUUCGGAGCGUUUCUCGCAGGCACCGCACGGCUGUUGGCGAUCACAUUUCGACUUGCGCCGUUGGCAUGCGGUACAUGAGACUGCAAGGCGGUUGCGGCGAAUUCUGUUGCGCUCGCCAGCGCGGAAGACGGAUGUAAAGUUGGAUAUUCCCGGUUCGGCCAUGUUGCUUGGAGUGGUUUCACUCCAUGUGCGGUUCAACGGCUGUGUUGGUAGUAAUUUGGCGGGCAGGCUGGCUGCGGGCGGCGUCUUGCGGCUGUUGCUGCUCUCGGAACGGCAAUGCACUGAAGCGGAUAUUUGUUCGUAGUGUGGUGAUAUAGCGGUCUGAACCUUUCAAGCGUCGUGGUGCUUUAGGGCAUGCGAUGUCGCAACAAUGAUGUCGUU